AUGGAACGCAUCACAAAGCCUUGCUUUUUACAGCUUGAAACUGGUGGUUGUUGGUCACCCACUCGACCUUCCGUCUUUUUCGUCCUCCGCGCUGAUGGUACUCUGGAGAGCUGGGACCUCUUGGACAAGACCCACGAGCCAGCUUUGAUGCAGAACGUCUCGGCUUCCGCACUCACUUCAAUCGCCAUCAAAGUUGAAGGCAAGAAACAACUCAUGGCCGUCGGUGAUAUGCACGGAGCUCUCCGUGUGCUGAUUGUAAGUUUCAAGAGGACAAAACUAUAA